AUGGCUGACGGUGCAGAGGCAAAGUUUGGAGAGCGACUUAUUAGCACAUUGAUCGAUGCAUAUGCAGCCAAUGACCCCACACGGGAUAUCAGUUAUCGACAAUUCUCUAACGCCAUUAAUCACGCAGCACGGUGGCUUAAAGAUCAACUGGGGGCCAAGGGCAAUCGGGUUGAGACUCUGGCGUAUGCAGGUCCUAAGGACCUCAGAUACCCUAUUAUUGCGGUAGCCGCCCACAAGCUGGGGAAGAAGAUUUUGUUCUGCUCCCCAUUCGCGACGGUUGAGUCACAGCACCACUUAUUAAGUUCAACCAAAGCGAGUGUAUAUCUUCACGCCAGAGAGUUAAGACCCUUGAUUCGUUCGGUCGUUAGUCAGAGCUCUGGAAUUUCGACUUUAGAAGUUCCCGAGCAAUCAAAAUGGCUUUUUGGUAAUAUAGCGCCAUAUUACCCAUAUAUAAAGACCUGGGAAGAAGCCUACGCUGACCCGUGGAUCAUCUUCCACACCUCCGGUACCACUGGACUUCCGAAACCCAUCAUCUAUACUAAUUGGAUGAUGUCGACGUUUGAUAGGGCUGAAUUGAUGCUUCAUGACUAUGACGAGACCAUGUGCGACCAGUUCCGUAAUAAGCGUUUUUAUGUUUCGAUGGCAAUGUUGCAUUUUGUUGGAAUGACUGCCGCACUGCAAUGGACGACUUUUCUUAAUAUGGUGCUUGUAAUUGCACCACCGAUGAAUAAUACGGCAAACCAGACUGUCCAAGUCUUGCAGGAAAGCAAGGCUGAAGGGGCAGUAAUGGUACCGUCCCAUAUUACUGAUGUUUUUCGUACGCUAUCAGGGCUUGAAACCCUCCGCAGACUGGGCUACCUUUACUUUGCAGGAGCACCACUCUCUAAGGUCGUAGCAGAAAAGCUCGUUGGUUAUGUCAAGGUCCAGCCUGCAAUGGGGACAACCGAGGCUGGUGCUUAUUGGAUUGAAAUUCGCAAUGAGGAUGACUGGGAUUAUUACCAAUUCCGAGCUAGGAAUGGAAUGGUGAUGCUCCCCAGGACUGACACUUUAUGUGAGCUUGUUUUUAAGCGUCAAUCACAAUUCGCCCGCUGGCAACAGAUAUUUCACUUGCAUCCUCAUCUAGAUGAUGGCCGAGCCGAUGACCUCGUGAAUCUCGCUCAUGGCGAGAGUCUCUAUGCCACGCCGCUUGAAACCGUAGUUCAAGAGCAUCCUGAUAUUCAGACCGUUAUUAUUGGCGGCGAAGGGAGGAAGCGGCCCUUUGUCAUGAUCGAAUUUGGAGAAAAGACUUCAGUGUCCGAGAAGAGCAAGGAGGCUAAGCUUGAGUCUAUCUGGCCCUACAUUGAGCAGGCGAAUGGAAAAUGCGCCGACGUUGUUAAGAUCAGUCGAGAACAUGUGCUAUUUACGAAUCCUGCACAACCGCUACCACGGACUGUCAAGAAUACGGUUCUACGGACCUCGGCAAUCGCGCUGUACGAAUCGGAAAUCGAUAGCCUGUAUAAUAGUUAA